GUUGACGUGGGAUAAAAGAGUGCCCGUGAAUGCAGCAUCUUUGUCAAAUCGGUAGUUCGCCCAAGGCGAUGACAAGCACUUGCAGACACAAGGAGAUAAGUUUUCGCUGACUUCAUUGCCCUUGAGAACAGACCACAUAGAGCUGAACAAUGGCCAAAAUUCAGAUCAGGAAAUACCAAGAUGACGACAAUGAGGCAGUAAAGGAGAUCUUCACCUUGGGGAUGAGCGAGCAUGUGCCUUCGUCCUUCAUGUUUUUACUCAAACAGCCACUGAGCCAGAUGGUGCUUAUGUGUGCAUUCUGUGCUCUCCUGACCAGCUCUAAGUCUUUUCUGCUGCCCAUCCUGGCUGUCACCCUGAUGCUUGCUGGUAUGCGGCAGUUCGUUGUCUAUAUGUUCAACCAAUAUAUUGACACCUGCUUUAGGAAGGACCUUAAAAACAUCAGUGACACCUACAUGAAGCAGAAGGAUUCCUGUUUUUGGGUGGCUGAAAGUGAUGGUCGUGUGGUGGCAACAGUGGCCUGCCUGCCGAAAGAGGAAGCACCUGGUUGCCUGGAACUGAAGCGCAUGUCUGUUCUCCGCAGUCAUCGCAGAAUGGGCAUCGCCAAGGAUCUCUGUCAGACAGUGGUAGAUUUUACACGUGACAGAGGCUACGCUGCAGUCAUCCUUUAUACCUCUGUGGUUCAAACUGACGCUCAGAAGCUGUAUGAGGCCAUGGGCUUUCAGAAGUUAAGAGAAAUUGUUGCCCCUGAAACUGUAGCAAGACUUAUAAACUUCACUCUGUUUGAGUACAGACUGGAAUUUGCAAUGGGUAAGAAAUAGAGACUGACACUGUCAUUAAGACACCAAACAAAGGAAAUAAUUUGGCUUUUUUUCAGGAGACAGGACAUACAACUAAUGCUCAGGGCAGAUAGUUACUGUACACAUUGUUUUCAAAAUGUUAAAAGGUCAAUGAGUUUAAUUAUUUUUAUAACUAAAUAUAACAUUAAGCUUAUUCAUAUUGAAAUCACAAGUCAAUUCUGUUACAUCUACAAUGCUCAUGACCAGGGGUCACCAACAUUUUUGCCACUGAGAGCUACUUCAAGGGUACUUAGUAAUAUGAAUAAGUAAUACAGACUUUCUGAACAAAGUAAUAAUAAUCGAAAAGAAAGCUAAUUCUGCUGCAUUAUGUUCUGGGACAUACAGUAGCAGCCAUUCGGCUAUCAUUGCAAGUGUUAUAAUCCAAAAAGUACAGUAACAGUACAAUUUAUGACCCUGUGGACUAGAUUUAUUUUUAGAACAUACCCACGGGCACCUUAACUAAAUAUUGUUGGUGUCCACUGCUCAAGACCAAACGUUUUUUUCUUUCUGAUUCAGUAAUAUAUAAAUCUGAAUUUUUUUUUGCAGCUUGAAACUUGAAAAAAAGACCAAACCUUGAUAUUGAAUUGUAUUGUUUGAUAUUGUGAUGAUGGUCACACGUUAACCUCUGUUGCUGGUAAAAUCUACAUUUUACACAACAAACACACCUGACAUGCAAUUGAACAUGUAUGUCAUUUUUAAUUUUAAAACUUGUAAAUGUCUUUAUUAUCAUCUUUCUGCUGCAUGGAUUUUGUGAAGUGCACAGUGAACUAUUAUUAGAGCCUUACUCUGGAUCCUUACAGUCCUAUUGGCUUGGCUGCUGUUGGAGACCUAAAACAAAGCCUGGCACCUGUUCAACUAAAAUCUAAAAACUAUUAAGAGAAACUGAGCUAAUGUGUCAUUUAAAGGUUGAGUAGAGCCAGGAAUUGUCUUACACAAGUUAAAUGUAUACAACAAAUGUUGUUUUACAUCAUAUCUUAAUUGUCUCUUAACCUUUCCUAAGACAAGUACUGAUUUUUGCUUUGACUUCUGAACGUAAGAAAGAUAACACUUUUUAUCAAUGGUUUGAUUUCUUCUACUGAUACAUUAUUUGUUCAUUUUUAAAUAAAUAAACCGUUUAUUAAUAAAAUGUAUUAAUUGGAUUUGAUCAUAAAAUAAAAAUAAACAUCUUAUUAAAGUGAA